ACCUGUUCUUCCGGGAAAAUGGCGACUCCCGCUCGUUCGCCGGAGUCCCCGCCGGCCGCGGAUCUGGCGCCAGCUACGGGGGCUGCCGAGGACGCCGAGUGCCCACCGCCUCGCCAGCCUCAGCCCCCGCAGAAUGUCCUCGCUGCCCCGCGGCUUCGAGCCCCAAACUCCCGAGGACUUGGGGCAGCGGAGUUUGGCGGAGCUACGGGAAAUGUUGAAGCGCCAGGAGAGACUUUUGCGCAACGUAAAAUUCAUUUGCAAAUUGCCCGACAAAGGUAAAAAGAUCUCAGACGCUGUCACCAAACUGAAAGCUGCCAUUACAGAACGUGAAGAAGUUAGAGGAAGAAGUGAACUCUUUUAUCCUGUUAGCUUAGACUGUAAGGAGAGGCAAAAAGCGAUUGCAGUUGUUGAUGGGGACAGAGAUAAGGCCCAGAAUUCUGACCAGAUACUUGACACUUCAUCACCCGUUCCUGGCUGUUCCUCUGUAGCUAACAUCACAUCAUCUCAGACAACUUCACGACAACAGGGACUGGCACAUCCGACUCGCGGAGGUGAUGCUGAGGCAGCUGAGGCUGAACACACAGUGAGCGAGCACCCAACUUCUAGCAGCAGAGCCCCAGCGCCUUCCUCAUCUCAAGCUAGUGAGGGUCUCCCUCAGCAUUGUGCCUUAGGUCAAGUGGAGGAUCAUCCUGGCAGCUCAGACAACCUGUUCAUUGAUAGAUUACAAAGGAUCACAAUUGCGGAUCCGACUGAACACCACUCAGAAGGAAACCAGAGUCCUGAGAACUUGGCCGGCCUCUGGAGUGGGCCGCAGAAGAAGCCUCAUUACAUGGAAGUGCUGGAAAUUCGAGCCAAAAAUCCCAUGCCCCCGCCACAUAAAUUUAAAACCAAUGUAUUACCUUCACAGCCCCGUGAUUCAUCGAGUGCUUGUCAGGGCAGAGGGUCUCCCGUCUCCUCAGAGGAGAGGCGGCGCAGGGACAGGAAGCAUCUUGAUGACAUCACAGCGGCCCGGCUUCUGCCACUGCACCACCUGCCGACACAGCUGCUCUCCAUAGAGGAGUCGCUGGCACUUCAGAGACAGCAGAAGCAGAGUUACGAGGAGAUACAAGCCAAGCUCGCAGCACAGAAGCUAGCUGAAAGACUAAAUAUUAAAAUGCAGAGCUAUAAUCCAGAAGGGGAGUCUUCAAGGAAAUACCGAGAAGUAAGGGACGAAGAUGAUGAUCAGUCCUCCGAGGAUGAAUUCUGAAGAUGGACGUUCAGAUCAUCUCCUAAAUCUCUGCCUGUUGAGAUCUCAUUAUCUUACAUCAGACUGCCUAACAAGUAUCAAGAUCAGUGUCAGACAUUGUUGAGAGAAAGAAUUUUGUAAAGUCACACUAAGGAAACUAUCAAAAGAGCCCACUUUCAGAUGAUAACUUUCAUGGGCUUGAAAAGUUGAAUAUUUGAAUAUUGUGUUUAAUGACACUAUAUUAAAUUUUGGCAGUAUGUUAUGUCCUGUGUUGGUCUGAUAUUUUAGUAUAUAGUAAGCACAUUUUUUUCUCUAAGCCAAAUGAAAGCAGGUGAUUAAACUGCUUAUUUCUUUAUACUUACCUCUACCAAAUAAUGUUUAUUACAUGUCUUAGUGAAUUAUUUAGUUGUCCCAGGCAUCACCUAAAAUGAAUUAUGAAGAUAUAAUUCCCUCUUUUUUUGAAGAACAAAGGGAGAAGUCUAGAGAAUUUUGUGCAUGUUUGCAUGGGGGCUGUUACAGUAUUGGACAUUAAAUACCAAGGAAGACACUCAAAGAAAAUGCUUAAAUAUUUGUUUCUUUCUGUCUUUCCUUAGGAAAUAUGUUUUCUUUCUUCUCAUAAGGAAUACGCGGUACUUUUAGUUAAUUCUAGAGGGUGGGUGGUCUUUCUAGAUGACCAGAUUUGCCUGGUUAUGGAGUAACAUGAGGAACAGGAAAAGUCUUAAGGUGAUGGAUGUUUGUGAAGGGAAUAGCUGUUGGUGGUGGUUUAGUCGCUCAGUUGUGUCCAACUUUUGCGACCCCAUGGACUGUAGCCUGCCAGGGUCCUCUGCCCAUGGGAUUUUCCAGGCAAGAUUACUGGAGUGGGUUGCCGUUUCCUUCUCCAGGGGAUCCUUCUGACCCAGGAAUUGAACCUGUGGCUCCUGCAUCGCCUGCAUUGCAAGCAGAUUCUUUACUGCUGAGCUACUGGAGAAGCCCUAUCUGUUGUUAGGCUUGGCCUGACUUGACUUCAUUGUUCUAGCAGAUGAUAGGUUCAAUUUGAUAAGAGAACCAAAAAAAUUUCUGAAGCUACAGUUGGUUUCUUAUCAAUAUAUAUUGCUUCCCCGCCCCCUCCAAAAGAGACUUAUGUAGGCUGCAGAAACCUCAAUUUCAUGUAUGAUUUCAAAGGAUUAUAUGGUUGUCUCCAGAGAAAUUAACACAUAUGUUGCCACAGUUUUGUCUAACAUGUUGGUGCCUUUAAGCAGUGUUGAAAGAAUAAAAUAUUAAUUAGAGCAACCUGAAAA